CGUUUCUCCUUUUGGUGCAAGUUCUAAAAAAAGCACCUGCAUUCCUGGGUGUGCUUUUACCAGGACAAUCAUAAACGUAAAUUUCUAAGCAUGAGUGGGUGGAGUUCCGAGUAGGCUUCCAGAAGCAUGGCUCCCUUUUUUUUUUUUUUUUUUUUUUUUUUUUUGGUUUUUUUUUUUCCGGAGCUGGGAACUAAGCCCAGGGCCUUGCGCUUCCUAGGCAAGCGCUCUACCACUGAGCUAAAUCCCCAACCCCGCAUGGCUCCCUUUUAAUAGGAAGCUGCUCCAGCCACACAAAGCUGCAAAAGUCCUUCCCAGAUGUUUUUCCUAAGAACCCUUGCUUCUGUAUCGCCUUGUGAAGGUCGCUGUCCUUCCCCCAACAGGCACACAGUAUUCUAAACAGGUGAGUAGUACCAGGGAGCCAGCCUUAAUAUCCAAAUCCUCCUUCCUACACAGGGCUGCAAUUUGAGCCUCCGGUUUGGGGAGUCUGAAGCAGGAUCUCACACAGGCCUCUUGCCUCAGAAUCACGAUUGCUGAGAUUACAAGAGUGAGCCACUAUGCUGCCUCAAAAUCCACUUAGCUUAUCUUUGUUUUAUGCAAACUUUGUCACUUUAUUGACCAGUCAGUCAGUUAUAAGGUGCUGGGAGUCGCUUCCCUUGCCCACCCUUCGGACAGCUGAACAGUCGAGUCUUUAAAUAAUUGGUUCAUCUGUCUUGGCCUCAUACUCUCCUCAGUCCCACAAAAUUGACUGGCCAAUUAGUUUCAGUAUUCUAGAGUAAUAAAGGGAUAUAAAUGCCAAGAUUUUCACCAAAAACUAUCAUCUCUGAGACGAGGAAUAGUACAAAUCAAAAGGAAGAGCCGGGUGUCCCAUCAUGGACCUGCUGUUCCCCGGGGCACCUCUAUCCUCAGAAACAGCGCUCACAGCACGUGCGCACCACUCGCGCCCCGGCCGCCCCACUAGUCCCGGCGUGCCGCGCGUGGCACACGUGACCCGCCCCCUGCUAUUGGCCCGGAGUGGGGAGAGGCGUGGCCGCUGUGGCGCGAGUCAGCCGUCGCUUCCCUCCACUGCAGCCUACCGUGAGAGCAUCGCUGGGCCACGGGCGUCGGCAGCGUGCGGAUCGGAAGUUCAGCCUGGGCACCGCGCACGCGCCAGUAGCAGUGCGGGAUAGCGGAGACCGCGGCAGGAUGGGUCCCUCGGGGCUGCUGGUGGCCCUAGCCUUGCACCUGGCAGUGUGCUCCCGUCCGCACCGGGACUACUGCGUGCUGGGCGCUGGUCCUGCGGGCCUGCAGAUGGCUGCACUCCUGCAUCGAGCCGGCAGGGACUACGAGGUAUUCGAACGAGAGUCCGCACCUGGCAGCUUCUUCACUCGCUACCCGCGCCACCGCAAGCUCAUCAGCAUCAACAAGCGGUACACAGGCAAGGCCAACGCAGAGUUCAACCUUCGCCACGACUGGAACUCUCUCCUCAGCGACGACCCACACCUGCUCUUCAGACACUACUCCCAGGCUUACUUCCCAGACGCCAGCGAUAUGGUGCGCUACCUGGGUGACUUCGCACAGCGCCUAGGGCUCCGUGUGUUAUACAACACAAACAUCACCCACGUGACUCUGGACAAGGAUCCACAAGCCUGGAACGGCCAUUACUUCAUUCUGAGGGACCAGAAGGGCCAGGUUUACCAAUGCAGUGUCCUGCUUGUGGCCACUGGUUUGGCAGUCCCCAAACUGGUCGACUUCCCUGGCUCUGAAUACGUGGAGGGGUACGAGUCUGUGUCUGUGGACCCUGAAGACUUUGUGGGUCAGAAUGUGUUGAUCCUGGGCCAUGGGAACUCAGCCUUCGAGACAGCAGAAAACAUCUUGGGUGUCACAAACUUUGUUCACAUGCUGAGCCGUUCCCGAGUUCGGCUCUCCUGGGCCACCCACUAUGUUGGAGACGUCAGAGCCAUCAACAAUGGCCUACUGGACACCUACCAGCUGAAAUCGCUAGACGGACUCCUGGAAUCAGACCUGGAGUAUCUAGCCCUCGUGAAGGACAGCAAGGGCAAGUUCCAUAUCACCCUGAAGUUCCUCCUGGAGAACAGCAGCAACCAGAGUGCUGACUCCAUUCCCCUCCCCCAGGACGACAAUGACAACUUUGCCAUGCGGGUGGCCUACGACCGUGUCAUCCGCUGCCUGGGCUGGAAAUUUGACUUCUCCAUUUUCAACCAGUCCCUCAGACUCUCCUCAGGGACUGAGUUCAGCAAGAAGUACCCACUGAUCAAAGCCAGCUAUGAAUCCAAAGGGAGCCGGGGUCUCUUUAUCCUGGGGACCGCCAGCCACUCAGUGGACUACCGGAAGUCUGCUGGCGGCUUCAUCCACGGAUUCCGAUACACAGUGCGUGCUGUCCACCGGCUGUUGGAGCAUCGGCACCAUGGCAUCACCUGGCCGUCCACACAGUACCCCAUCACACAGCUGACCAGCUCCAUCAUUCGGCGUGUAAAUGAGGCUUCGGGGCUGUACCAAAUGUUCAGCGUGCUGGCCGACAUCAUCCUGUUGAAGGAGAACGCUACAGCAUUUGAGUACCUGGAGGAGUUCCCUAUACAGAUGCUGGCCCAGCUGGAGAUGCUCACAGGGAGGACAGCAAGGCACGGGAUCUUUGUCAUCAACAUGGAAUAUGGCAAAAACUUCUCUGGGCCUGAGAAGGACGUCUUCUAUUAUGACCGGUCCGUGGCACACAUAGAAGAUGCCUGGAUGUCUAACUUCCUCCACCCUGUCAUCUACUACUACAGACACCUCCCCACCGAGCAAGACAUGCGGUUCCGUCCUGCACAGUGGCCCCUGCCUCGGCCUGUGGCCAUCCACCACAUCGUGGAGGACUUCCUGACUGACUGGACAGCCCCCGUGGGGCACAUCCUCCCACUGAGGCGCUUCCUGGAAAACUGUCUGGACACAGAUCUGCGUAGCUUUUAUGCAGAGUCCUGUUUCCUGUUCACUCUCACACGCCAGAAGCUGCCGCCCUUUUGCCAGCAGGGAUACCUAAGAAUGCAGGGGCUUUCAAGCACCAAGAGCCUUCGUCAACAUGGUGUGGAAAGCAGGCUCCUGCAGGACUACACGGCCAUGGAGAACAGCAGCAGGUGGCUUGAUGACCACUCCUCAGCUCCAGGGCCUCUGACUCAAUUCCUUGACAGCAACAGAGAGGAGCUCUGAGCAUCCUCUCCCAGACUAUGAUGGCUUGCACCUCUCCAGGAAGCCUUUUCCCAGGGAACUUCUCUCCCACCUUUCAGGCGGCUCAGGACCAUCACAGAGGUCACAGACAACAGGACAGCCUGUAGAGUGCAGAAGGCUGGGAUAAGGUCACACAGUGAUGUCCCUUCCCAUGCUGGCCCCUGGUGCUAGAUGCAAGGUCCAGAGGAGGGUACCUCCUGUCAGGUAUGAGGUCCCUUCCACAUCCAGCUAGUGUUCCACUUGGACCAUCACUAAACACCAUGCUGGUCUUGUGUGUCUGUUCUAGGACCAGCCAGUCUCCUUUUUCUUCGGGUUCACUCUCAGAUGGGCUCAGCUUUACCUGGGAACAUCUCAAAGCAGACACCCCUCGUUUCCAUGGUGGGCAUGUGAGGGUGAAGGCUUCAGCAGUGGGGUAGACAGUGGGGAUCUUCUAGUGUCCUCAUCCAGGAGGCCUGCCCUAUACCACCCUUUCUUUCCACACAGUUUCCUCUUCCCUGGCACUUGCUCUCAGCAGGAGUCAGCAGCCUCUGUGUCCCUCUCCCACCUUGCUAUCUGGCAUCCUGAGCCAUGUCUCCCUUGAGACCCGCCUGGGCAGGUUUUUUUUUUUUUUUUUUUUUUUUUUUCCGGAGCUGGGGACCAAACCCAGGGCCUUGCGCUUGCUAGGCAAGUGCUCUACCGCUGAGCUAAAUCCCCAACCCCUCCGCCUGGGCAGGUUUAAGAUAUUGCUUUGCCUGCUCCCUUGGGCAUGGAAAUGUUGACACUUGCCCAGCUCCUGAUGCUCCUCUCCUCUUCCUUGCCUUCCCUCCCCAGAGUCCAUACUCAGCCAACAGAUUAGCAAAGAAGCCAUGAGGAAAGCAUGGCCCACAAGGGCAUCAUGGUGAUCACGUGAUUUCCAUAGCCUCAGAGUGCAGGUACUGUUUUUCACCAGUGGCCCUCUAUCAGCCUUCAUGGAGGCCACUCAAACGCCCAGGGACACAACCCAAAGCCCCUUCCUGGGGCCAUCCUCUUCUCCUUGGGAGAGUCUUGGCUGGGUCUACCUGACCUGCCUGCAGCCACCUUCCUUUCUGGCCUACCAAGUCCUAACAGGACAAUUCAACAACUUCAUGUCACCAGGAGGAACUGUGUACCCCUGAACCUACUUGGUGUAGUACGCACAGAGCCAAACCUUCUAACUAAGUCAUCAUCCAAUCCCAGGAUGUCAGUGUUGCCAUAUUUCACACAGAUUGAUUGGCAAGCCGAACGGGGACCCUGCCAUCCCACCCUCUUCUCCACAGCAUUUUCAAAUAUGCCUUUGAUUUAGCACUACGACAUCGAAUCCUGUUCCUUACAUCUCCAGUCAUCGAGGAUGGCUGAGCACUUGUUUGGUGCCUUAGCAAGUAGCUGGCUGACACCCUUGUAUAAGACAUCUGCUGCUUCCUGUCAUCUGCCAGAUCGUUGAUUCCGUCAAAAUAUCAGGCAGCCUUAUUUGUUUUUAACACGGAGCAUCCUGUUCUUGCUCAGUUGACUAGAGAUGUCUUCUACUUCCCCCGCCCCAUAGAGAUUCCAUGUCCUGUGGCCUGGUACUUAUUAUAUAGCCCAGCCUGCACUUGGACUCAUGGUAAUUCUCCUGUUUCAACCUCCCAAGUAUUCGGAUUACAAGCUUGAACCACAUAACCUUCUUAAGAUUUAUUUCGGGGUUGGGGAUUUAGCUCAGUGGGGUUGGGGAUUUAGCUCAGUGGUAGAGCGCUUGCCUAGCAAACGCAAGGCCCUGGGUUCGGUCCCCAGCUCUGAAAAAAGAAGAAAAAAAAAGAUUUAUUUCUACUUAUGUCUACUCAUCUGUGGACAUGAGUGCAGGUGCCCAGAGACCAGAAGAGGGUGGCAGAGCGCCUGGAGGCUGGAGUUACAGGAGGUUGUGAACCACCGUGUGUGGAUGCUGGGAACUGAGCUCAAAUCCUCUGAAACAGCCGUAAGUGCUGAGACAAUUGCUCCAGGACCCCUACCUCAUAACUAUUUUAGAGAAAAGAUUAAAAAUAAGGCAAGCUAGAUGUGGCUCACUCCAAUAUCCUAGCAUUAGGGCAGCUAAGGCAGGAGAAUUGAGGUUUAAAGCCAGCCUGGGCUACAUGGAGAGUUCCCGUAUGGGCAACUUAAUAAGAUCCCAUCUCAAAAAAGAAAUUUUAAAAAGGCAAAAAUAACUGGGCAUUGUUGUUUAUGCCUUUAAUCUUAGUAUGCCCAAAGCACAGGGCGGAGAAUCUCUUGUGAAUUCAAAACCAGCCUGGUUGACGAAGUAAAUUCCAGGCCAGUUAAAGCUAUAUAAUGAAACCUUCUCUCAAUCAAUCAAUCAAUCAAUCGGAAUAAUCAUGGUGAAGGAACUGGUUGAACUAGGUGACAGGCAGGGAGAGGAGUUACGUAACUUCUCUUGAUCAUCUCUGAAGAGGGUAGGGAAGGCUGAUGAGUAUACCUAUAUAUGUAUGAUGCUGCAUGGGACAUGGCGCUGGGUGAGGGGGCAGCAGCCGCUUGUAGCGGUGACCAUAGGAAACCGCAGUGGCUCUGCUAGGGCUGUGGGACGAGGAUCUUCAUUCCUCUUCUGAUCAAAUUUGUGUUUAUUUUUCAAAUGUGAUUAUAGGCUACUGAAAUAAAAAUACAUUUAUUUUCAAA